AUGAAGAAUUUACUUCUCUUCGUCGUCGCCGCUCUGGCGAGCACGGCUACCGCCCAGGUUCAGGGCAAGGCCUUUGGUUUUGCUGCCGGAACAACUGGCGGUGGCUCGGCCGCGCCUCAGUAUCCUUCCAGCAUCGCCCAGCUGAAAGAGUGGCUCACUGACAGCACGCCCCGAACCAUCAUGAUCGACCGCACCUGGGACUUCCGCAACACCGAGGGCACAACGCAUGGCAGGUGUUGCAGUGAUAAUCGUACGACCAAGUGUCCCGGUGGUACAUCCAAGGGCCAGGCUUGGAUACAGGAUACCUGUGAUGCCGCCAGCGGAACGUGGAUUGACUGCACGUACGACAACGCAGCCAAGAGUCCUAUCGACAUCAACAGUAACAAAAGCAUCGUCGGUGUCGGCUCCAAGGGCGUGAUCGUUGGCAAGGGACUCCGUGUGCGCGGUGGCACGAGCAAUGUGAUCAUCCAAAAUAUCCACAUCACCAACUUGAAUCCCCAGUACGUCUGGGGUGGUGAUGCCAUUACUCUAGAUGGCUCUGACAAGGUCUGGAUCGACCACUGCAAGAUCUCCCUGAUAGGCCGUCAGUUUGUCGUUUCGGGCUGGGGCGCUGCCGGUAAGGUCACCAUCUCCAACACCGAGUUUGAUGGCAAGUCCGAAUGGUCGGCCGGCUGCAACGGUAAGCACUAUUGGGCCGCCCUCUUGAUCGGGGCUAAGGACUACUACACUUUCUCUGGCAACUGGCUGCACGACGUCUCGGGUCGCUCUCCCCAUAUGGGCACCAAGAAGACGGCCGAUAGCGAGAUUAUCUUCCACGGCGUCAACAACUACUUCCAGAAUGUAGGAGGUCAUGCCUUCGAUAUUGACGGCAACACAUGGGUCCUACUCGAGGGCAACUACUUCGACUCCGUCACCACACCCGUCACUCCAGCCACCUUGACAAAUGGUGGCAAUAUUUACAUUGUGAACACCGUAGACGAGGCAUCUCGUUGCACUUCGUCCUUGGGAUACAUCUGCGAGUGGAACCGAGCCCGCGACUCAGGAGUUGUCAGCAGUCUCACAAGCACUGAUGCUCUGUCCAAGCUGGGCGGCUUCAAAUCCUCGCUCAUUGGCCAUAUUGGUGUUGCCGAUGUUCCCGCCAAGGUCAAGGCCAACGCCGGUGUUGGCAAGACCACGAGCACAAAUUCUUGA